CCCCGUCCAUCCUGCUGUUCCCCUGCGCCUCCCACUACUGGGAGAUAUCUCAAUCGGCUUGUUCAACUGAGAUUGGGACUACGUAGAUCCACCAGCUACCCAGGAUGUAGUCCGUUAGGGGUGAUCAGCUUUGCUCCUUCACCUGGCUUUUUUUUCCCCUAAAGUACACUGAACUCUCUCUCCCCUCUUUUUUACACCACCCGAGCUGGGGAUUCUCUGCUUUUGACCAGCGAGUGCUGGUUUCGCUAUAACUCACGUCCAGCAGGGGCUUUGGAGUCCAAGGAAACCUGGUGGUGAGAUUCUGUAAGGGAUUUCCUGGGGCCGGGCUGAUGCAGUGAACCAAGGUCCAUCAGCACCGGACAGCGCCUGUAGGAUUGGUUUAUGGUUUGCUGGAGUAGGUUGAAGUGGCGGCGAGGUUUCCGGGGAAGCGGGGCGGGGAGGGGCUGAACUGCCCGCGGGCUGGGAGUUGCAAGGAGGGGGCGGGCACAGGCGGGGAAUUUGGGCUAGGAGGGGCUGACAUUCAGAUUGGCUGGCUGUAGUCACGUGGACGCACCCUUAUAGGGUCCAGAUCUUGGUGGCCGCGGACUCGGAGCUCGGACGGAGCGCUGGCAGAGCGCUCACCUGCUGCCCCCGCCCUGCCCUACCCUAGCUCUUGCAGCUGUCCCUGUCACCGCUCUCAGGCCUGAUACAAGGGGCCUCAAGACACAGAGAAAAGGAAGGAAAGAGAGUACCCGGGACUCUCUCGGGGUGCCUCAGGAGCCUCCGCGUCCUCUGAUCCCUGGGAUCCGUCGGGGCCCGCGCCGUCUGACCAUCAGUGCGCGCCGGGCCCGAGGGGAGCCGGGAGGAGCCGGCCUGGGGGGGAUGCGCCCUGGUCCCCCGGCGGCCGGCACCGGGCACCGGGCUCCGGGCAGCGCAGCGCUAAGACAGGCAGCGGCGGUGACAGCGGGCGGCCAGGAAUCAUGGUCCGUUUCGGGGACGAGCUGCCCGGGCGCUAUGGAGGAGCGGGCCCGGCGGGCGGCGGCCGGGGCGGCGGUGGGGCCGGGGCCGGGCCCGGGGGCCUGCAGCCGGGCCAGCGCGUGCUUUACAAACAGUCCAUCGCGCAGCGGGCCCGCACUAUGGCCCUGUACAACCCCAUCCCCGUCAAGCAGAACUGCUUCACAGUCAACCGUUCACUCUUCAUCUUCAGCGAGGACAACGUCGUCCGCAGAUACGCCAAGCGCGUCACAGAAUGGCCUCCCUUUGAGUACAUGAUCCUGGCCACUAUCAUUGCCAAUUGUAUCGUCUUAGCUCUGGAGCAACACCUUCCUGAUGGAGACAAGACUCCCAUGUCUGAGAGGCUGGAUGACACUGAGCCCUAUUUCAUUGGGAUAUUUUGUUUUGAGGCUGGGAUCAAAAUCAUCGCUUUGGGCUUCGUUUUCCACAAGGGCUCCUAUCUGAGGAACGGUUGGAACGUGAUGGAUUUCGUGGUAGUCCUGACAGGGAUUCUGGCUACCGCUGGCACCGAGUUUGACCUCCGCACCCUCCGAGCUGUGAGAGUGUUAAGACCAUUGAAGCUGGUAUCAGGGAUUCCAAGCCUCCAGGUUGUGCUCAAGUCCAUCAUGAAGGCAAUGGUGCCCCUGCUGCAAAUCGGCCUUCUGCUCUUCUUCGCCAUUGUCAUGUUUGCCAUCAUUGGACUUGAGUUUUACAUGGGCAAGUUCCACAAAGCCUGCUUCCCCAAUAACACAGCGGACCCACACUCAGACCCUGUAGGAGACUUCCCCUGUGGCACUGACGCCUCAGCCCGACAGUGUGAGAAUGGCUACAUCUGCCGGGAAUACUGGCGUGGCCCCAACUUUGGCAUUACCAACUUCGACAACAUCCUCUUUGCCAUCCUGACCGUGUUCCAGUGUAUCACGAUGGAAGGCUGGACAGACAUCCUCUACAACACUAAUGAUGCAGCAGGAAAUACCUGGAACUGGCUUUAUUUCAUCCCUCUCAUCAUCAUUGGAUCUUUCUUCAUGCUCAACCUGGUUCUGGGAGUGCUCUCAGGGGAAUUUGCCAAAGAGAGAGAGAGGGUAGAAAACCGCCGGGCCUUUCUGAAGCUCCGCAGGCAGCAGCAGAUUGAACGAGAGCUGAACGGUUACUUGGAGUGGAUCUUCAAGGCUGAGGAGGUCAUGUUGGCGGAAGAGGACAAGAACGCGGAUGAGAAGUCCCCUUUGGAUGUGCUGAAGAGAGCAGCCACCAAGAAGAGUAAAAAUGACUUGAUCCAUGCCGAAGAGGGGGACGAUCGCUUCGCAGACCUCUGCUCUGUGGGUUCUCCGUUUGCUAGAGCUAGUUUGAAGAGUGGGAAGAAUGACAGCUCCUCCUAUUUCCGAAGGAAAGAGAAGAUGUUCCGCUUCUUCAUCCGCCGCAUGGUGAAAGCCCAGACCUUCUACUGGAUCGUCCUCUGCGUCGUGGCGUUGAACACCCUGUGUGUGGCUAUGGUGCACUAUGACCAGCCGCAGAGACUCACCAACGCUCUGUAUUUUGCAGAAUUUGUUUUCCUGGGUCUCUUCCUCACUGAGAUGUCUCUGAAGAUGUAUGGCCUGGGGCCCAGAAAUUAUUUCCAUUCUUCCUUCAACUGCUUUGACUUUGGGGUCAUCGUUGGAAGCAUUUUUGAAGUCAUCUGGGCAGCGAUCAAGCCGGGGACUUCAUUUGGUAUCAGUGUGCUGAGGGCCCUCCGGCUGCUGAGGAUUUUCAAAGUCACAAAGUACUGGAAUUCCCUUCGGAACUUGGUGGUCUCCCUGCUGAACUCCAUGAAAUCCAUCAUCAGCCUGCUCUUCCUUCUCUUUCUGUUCAUUGUGGUUUUCGCCCUGCUGGGGAUGCAGCUCUUUGGAGGACAGUUCAAUUUUAGAGACGAGACCCCAAACACCAACUUUGACACUUUUCCGGCUGCAAUUCUCACUGUAUUCCAGAUCCUUACUGGAGAAGACUGGAACGUGGUCAUGUAUCACGGGAUAGAAUCCCAAGGGGGAGUCAGCAAAGGAAUGUUCUCCUCUUUCUACUUUAUCAUCCUGACACUGUUCGGAAACUACACCCUUCUGAAUGUCUUCCUGGCUAUUGCUGUGGACAAUCUUGCCAAUGCCCAGGAACUGACCAAGGAUGAGGAAGAAUUGGAGGAAGCAGCCAAUCAGAAGCUUGCUUUGCAGAAGGCCAAGGAGGUCGCUGAAGUCAGCCCCCUGUCUGCUGCCAACAUCUCCAUAGCAGCCAAGCAGCAGAACUCGGCCAAGGCCAGGUCUGUGUGGGAGCAGCGCACGAGUCAGAUCCGGCUGCACAAUUUCCAGGCCAGCUGCGAGGCCCUGUACAGCGAGAUGGCCCCGGAGGAGCGCCUCCGCUACACCACCACCCUCCACAUCCGUCCCGACAUGAAGACGCACCUGGACAGACCCCUGGUGGUGGAGCCCCGCAGAGAAGAAGGGGUCCGGGCCCCGGGGGGCAAAGCGGGGGCCGGGGAGGGUCUGGAGGCCUCAGAGCCGACCAAGGUGUCCCCCAGCGCGGCUGCGGAGGGCCCCGAGAUAUCCCGCAAGCACCACCGGCACAGGGAGAAGGAGAAGGAGAAGGAGAAGGCAGGGUCUGGGGAGCAGGAGAAGGGAGAAGGUGUCAGGGAGGAAAAUGGGGAGUCGGGGGUCGCCAGUAAGGAGGAGCGGCACCGGCAGCGCCGGAGCAGAAGCAAGGAGACUGGGGGCAACAAAGAGGGGAAAUGCGAACGUUCCCGGGGCCAGGAGGGCGGCCGGAGGCACCACCGCCGGGGUUCCGUGGAGGAUGUCACCACCGAGAAGGAGCACCGGCGGCACCGGCCCCACCGGCACUCAGCAGAGCCGCCGGGCAAAGAGGGCAACGGCACCGUCAGUGGGGCCAAGCCCGAGCGUCGGGCGCGCCAUCGGGGGGGCUCCCGCUCGGGGACCCGGGAAGGAGAGCCUGGGCCCAAGGGAGAGAAUGGAGAGGAGCCUCCCCGGAGGCAUAAGACCCGGCACAAAGCCCUAUCCAUGUACGACUCGGUGGAAAAGGAACCUGGAGAGAAGGACGGGGAGCCUCCGGAGAAAGAGAUGCGGAAUCACCAGCCCAAGGAGAAUCAAUGUGAGGCGGAGGCCAGUGGUGGGAUGGUGACCAUCCCCAUUCAUACACUGCCCAGUACCUGUCUGCAGAAGGUGAGCGAGCAGCCAGAGGACGCAGAUAACCAGAAGAAUGUGCAUCGUAUGACCCAGCCAUCCCUGGAGACCCUCACCAUACGCAUCCCAGUGACCCUGACUGCCCCUGGAGAGACCACAGUGGUUCCAAUGAACAAUGUUGACUUUGAAGGUAAAAUGGAAGAGAAGAAGGACGUAGAAGCUGGUGACGUGACAAGGAGUGGACCCCGUCCAAUUCUCCCUUAUAGCUCCAUGUUCUGCUUAAGCCCCACCAACCUACUCCGGCGUGCCUGCCACUACAUAGUGAAUAUGCGUUACUUUGAAAUGGUCAUCCUCGGGGUCAUCGCCCUCAGCAGCAUUGCUCUGGCUGCUGAGGAUCCAGUACAGGCCGACUCGCCCAGGAACAACGUUCUCAAGUACAUGGAUUACAUUUUCACUGGGGUCUUCACCUUUGAGAUGGUAAUCAAGAUGAUUGACCUGGGGCUGCUGCUUCAUCCUGGCUCUUAUUUCCGAGACCUGUGGAACAUUCUGGACUUCAUUGUGGUCAGUGGGGCCCUGGUGGCUUUUGCCUUCUCAGGAAAAGGGAAAGACAUCAGCACAAUCAAGUCACUGCGAGUACUCCGAGUCCUGAGACCUCUGAAGACCAUCAAACGUUUGCCAAAACUAAAGGCUGUGUUUGACUGUGUGGUAAAUUCCCUGAAGAAUGUCCUCAAUAUCCUCAUUGUCUACAUGCUCUUCAUGUUCAUCUUUGCCGUCAUUGCUGUGCAGCUCUUCAAAGGAAAAUUCUUCUAUUGCACAGAUGAAUCCAAAGAGCUGCAGAGGGAUUGCAGGGGUCAGUAUUUGGAUUAUGAAAAGGACGAAGUGGAGGCUCAACCCAGACAAUGGAAGAAAUACGACUUUCACUAUGACAAUGUGCUUUGGGCUUUGCUGACUCUUUUCACAGUGUCUACGGGAGAAGGGUGGCCAACGGUACUGAAACAUUCGGUGGAUGCAACAUAUGAAGAACAGGGUCCGAGUCCUGGCUUCCGGAUGGAACUGUCAAUCUUCUACGUGGUCUACUUUGUUGUGUUUCCCUUUUUCUUCGUCAAUAUCUUUGUGGCAUUGAUCAUCAUCACCUUCCAGGAGCAGGGAGACAAAGUGAUGUCAGAAUGCAGCUUGGAGAAGAAUGAGAGGGCUUGCAUAGACUUUGCCAUCAGUGCCAAGCCCCUGACCCGUUACAUGCCUCAGAACAAGCAGUCCUUCCAGUACAAGACAUGGACCUUUGUGGUGUCUCCACCCUUUGAGUAUUUCAUCAUGGCCAUGAUCGCCCUCAACACGGCCGUCUUGAUGAUGAAGUUCUAUGGUGCCCCCUAUGAGUAUGAAAUGAUGCUGAAGGGCUUGAAUAUUGUAUUCACUUCAAUGUUCUCUAUGGAGUGUGUGCUGAAGAUCAUCGCCUUUGGGGUGCUGAAUUAUUUCAGAGAUGCCUGGAAUGUUUUUGAUUUUGUAACAGUAUUGGGAAGUAUUACUGAUAUUUUAGUAACAGAGAUUGCGAACAACUUCAUCAACCUCAGCUUCUUGCGGCUCUUUCGGGCAGCCCGACUCAUUAAACUGCUUCGCCAGGGCUAUACUAUCCGCAUUCUCCUGUGGACCUUUGUUCAGUCCUUCAAGGCUCUGCCGUACGUCUGCUUACUCAUCGCCAUGCUCUUCUUCAUCUACGCCAUCAUCGGCAUGCAGGUCUUUGGAAACAUUGCUCUUGAUGAUGAAACGAAUAUCAACCGGCACAACAAUUUCCGGACAUUCCUGCAAGCCCUGAUGCUGCUGUUCAGGAGUGCUACCGGGGAAGCCUGGCAUGAGAUCAUGUUGUCAUGUCUCAGCGACCGUCCCUGUGAUCCUGAAACCAAACUAAAAGAUGAAUGUGGGAGUGACUUUGCUUACUUUUACUUCGUCUCCUUCAUCUUCCUCUGUUCCUUUCUGAUGCUGAAUCUCUUUGUGGCAGUGAUUAUGGAUAAUUUUGAGUACCUGACUCGAGACUCUUCCAUCCUAGGGCCUCACCACCUGGACGAAUUUAUUCGGGUCUGGGCUGAAUAUGACCCAGCCGCAUGUGGGCGCAUCAGUUACAGUGACAUGUUUGAGAUGCUGAAACACAUGUCCCCACCCCUCGGCCUGGGAAAGAAAUGCCCUGCUCGAGUUGCCUAUAAGCGUCUGGUGCGAAUGAACAUGCCCAUCUCCAAUGAGGACAUGACUGUGCACUUCACUUCCACCUUGAUGGCCCUCAUCCGGACGGCUCUGGACAUCAAGCUUGCACCAGCGGGAAUGAAACAGCAUCAGUGUGAUGCAGAACUGAGGAAAGAGAUUGCAUCUGUUUGGGCUAAUCUGCCCCAGAAGACACUGGACUUACUGGUGCCUCCACAUAAACCUGAUGAGAUGACUGUGGGAAAAGUCUACGCAGCUCUGAUGAUUUUUGACUUCUACAAGCAGAACAAAAACACCCGAGAUCAAGGUCACCAACCUCCGACAGGUCCUGUGUCUCUGUUCCAUACCCAAGGCCAGCCAGCUGUGCUCCGAGGUGCUAGAGUGUUCUUGAAACAGAAGAGUUCGACCUCCCUCAGCAAUGGUGGAGCCUUACCACACCCAGGAAGUGGUAUCAAGGAGUCUGUCUCAUGGGGCACCCAGCGCACCCAGGAUAUCUGCUAUGAGACCAGGAUGCCCCUGGAACGUGGUCAUUCUGCAGAAAUUCCUGUGGGACAACCUAGCAAACAAACUGUGGAGAUGCAAGAAAUGGCUCAGGAUGCCACCAGUGGAGAACCCCAGCCAGGACUGGAAAGUCAGGGCCGAGCAGCCUCCAUGCCCCGCCUGGCUGCAGAGAUGCAGCCCAUUCCAGACACAAGCCCCAUGAAGCGUUCCAUCUCCACCUUGGCCCCACAGCGCCCACACGGCUCACACCUUUAUGAAUAUGGCCUGGAACGCGUAUCCUCAGGCCAGCCUCAGCAUCAUCACCAUCAUCGCUGUCACCGGCGCAGGGAUAAGAAGCAGAAAUCUUUGGACAAAUGCCCUAGUCAGUCAGCAGAUGGAGAUGGAGCACCAAACCACAGUGUGGGGAUGGCAGCUCCAUCAGGGGAAGGUCCAGCCCCAUGUAAGCAUGAGAGGAAGCAAGAAAGGGGGCGAUCCCAGGAGCGGAAGCAGCUCUCUUCCUCCUCUUCAGAGAAGCAGCGUUUCUACUCUUGUGACCGAUUUGGGAGCCGGGACCCAUCACAGCCCAAAUCCUCCAAUGGGAGUCGCCCUACAUCACCUCCUGGGCAGGAGUCAGGUCCCCACAGACAGGGUAGUGGUUCAGUUAAUGGGAGCCCCUUGCUGUCAACAUCUGGUGCUAGUACACCGGGCCGUGGUGGGCGGAGGCAGCUCCCCCAGACACCUCUGACCCCCCGUCCCAGCAUCACAUACAAGACUGCGAACUCCUCGCCCGUCCACUUCACCGGUUUCCAGACCAGCCUGCCCACCUUCUCUCCGGGACGGCUCAGUCGAGGCCUUUCUGAGCACAACACCCUGCUCCAGAGGGAUUCUCUGAGCCAGCCUCCAACCCCAGUGUCUCGGAUUGGCUCGGACCCAUACCUGGGGCACCGCGACCACAGCGAUUCCUCGUACCGGGCCCUGCCCGAGGACACGCUCACUUUUGAGGAAGCCGUCGCCACCAACUCGGGCCGCUCAUCGAGGACUUCCUAUGUGUCCUCUCUGACAUCCCAGUCCCACCAUCUCCGUCGUGUGCCCAACGGUUACCACUGCAGUCUGGGGCUCAGCUCCGGCCCCGGGACUGGCGGCGGCAGGGCCCGGCAGAGUUAUUAUCACCAAACCGACGAAGAUGACUGGUGCUAGCAUCCCAGCAAAAACACACAGCACACACCCAACUUGGUAGGUCUGUGUGUGUUACAGUUGAUGAGUUUUAUCAUCUGAAAGCUGGGUCCUUCCCUCCCCCAACCCCGGGCGUGCUCGGGAUUGCAGAGGCAAUUAGCAUGAUGACACAGAAGGAGCUUGCCCCCAGGACUGCUCUUUGGGGGAAAUCUGCUGCUUUUUUAUGUCUCCCUCUCUCCCACUUUCCUCUCUCUAUGUGUCUCUGUCUCUGUGCCUCUUUGUUCUUCUCUCUCUGCCUUUAUCUGUGUCAGUCUCUCUUUUUAUCUUGUUUGACUUUCUAUCUGUCUGUCUGUGUCUUUCUCUCUCUCUCUCUGCACUGGACAGAUCAAUAAAAUCUUUUCUUUUUUUUAAGGGAUGUGUUUUUUUCCAUCCCUCCCUUGUCCGCUGCCUUGCUGAGUCUCAUAUCAUACAUUUGAAAUUUACAUCAGUGACCAAGAAGGCAAUAGUGGACGUUCAUCCCACAUAAAAUGAACCUGAUUUGUGGAGUAUAGUAUUUGUGAUCUGGGCUUUUUUUUUAAGUAGGUCUAAUUCUUGUUCAGAAUAGACCUAUAUCUUACCUUGUUUAAUUGUAUGUGAUGAGGGGGCAGAAUCUACCUAAAAGCUCUUGAAAACAAAGGCUGAAGGGAGAUUCAUUUAGACAUAAUAGUUUAAGAGAGAUUCUCUUUUCCAAGGAGUCCAAACCUUGAAGUUCGAAGUGUCCUAAGCUGGCAGACUUUUCUAUAUUCAUAUGACAUGUCCACCUCUGCCAACUCAUACAUUAUACUACCAGACCACCACAGAGGUCCCACAUAAAGCUGCUCAGUCCUCCUUCUCCUAAGGACAUAAAACAGAACUUGAUGAGGACUAUCUGGAAAGAGUCCUUGCUGCUGAUUCUGUUUUCCAACUGCAACCUCACCCCUCACCAUUUUGUCUUAUUUAGAUAUGCUUUCUUUUUUUUUCUCCUGUUUGUUCCCUCCCCCCAAGAGGGGGAGGCACAGAAAAAGAGAAGAAAAGGGAGAGGGGGAAGUAAAUGUAAUUGGUUUUAUAUCCAUCCAGGAGCUAGAACUUUUCAUUGUGUGCAUUUUUGUAAACUGUACAGUAAACAAGGAAAAUGAUCUCAUGUAGAGAAUUCGUCCAGUGUCAUUCUGGGUCCCACAAACUCUGUCCACUGUUCCAGUCACUCACUACCAAGUGCCUAACCUUUGAAAUGUUUCACAUUGAUAAAGCAGCCUCCUGCUUUCCUUCAUCCAGCCUUGUGAGGAAGGAAGGAACCUGGAAGGCAUGUCAUGCUUGAGUCCUGUAUGAAAUCUCCAUGUGUGUGUUUUGCAGACACUGUUAAAAACAGGAACUAACUGAGAAAAACUGGUGAAAACAAAGAAUUAAUUUGUACAUUGAUGGAUGGGAAGUUUAAGACCAAGAGAGGGAAAAAAUCGACUUGUAAAAAAAAGUGGGUUUUUUCCCCCAUCCUUGGGUAGCACUGAAGAUGUGGUCGAGACAAACCAGUGCAAAGUACUGUGAAAACCUUGAGAUGGUAAAUAGGAAAACAGGCUCUUUUCAUGGCUAUCAUUCCCUUAGUUGGGGAAGUUCUGACAAUGUUGUGUGAUGUAUAGUUUGUUUUGAGUGUGGUAAGAGAGUAUUGUUCAUUGUUUCCUGUUCACAAUCUGAUUCUCAGGGAUGAGACAUCUAUUUUUUUUUUCCUGUGGGGGUGGUGAUGGUAGUGAAUGUCUACUUUUGAGUGUAUGUGGGGUGUGUGGGGGGAAGAGAAUUAUCAUUCCAAAUAAAGAGGGGAAUGGGUAGUUAGAAGUAAAGAUAGUGAUUGGGUAGGGAGUAGGAGUGGAAAUAGUCAAUAAAAGGACAAAGAUGAUAAGAUAAUAGAUUCAGACCUGGGCAAAACCUCAGAGGUCAUCAAGUCUAACUCCCUCAUUUUACUGAGUCCCAGAAGGAUUAAGUGACUUAGUCCCACAGAUAAUAAGUGACAGAGCAGGGAUUUCAACUGGUCCCAGAACUUAGAAAUUCAGCAUUCUCUUACAGUGUACCAUUCUGGCUGACUUCAGGGGACAGAUAUCUUGAAAGGAGAGGAGAAAAGCAGGCACUGUACAAUACAGAGCAGUUUCUUUUUAUUUUCUUCCUUGAGAGCCAAAGGAAAAGAAUGAGACAAAGAAGAGAUGACUAAGGCAAAAAAGGUAUGGCAAAAGAGUUGAGGGAAUAGCUAUAGGCAGCACACAAGAGCUACAUCCCAAGGAAAAACAUAGCCUGUGGCUACAGGAUAGCCCUUUCAAUACCUGCCUGGAUCUGCUUGGUGCACCCAGUCAGUACUUGUGCCCUUCCAGACUUGUCCAUAGAGCACAGGUAGAAAGAGGGAAAGCCUGGAAAACGCAGUACUAGUGGAAGUUUGGUAGUUAUCUGCAAAGCAAGUUUUCUACAGGGGAACUCUAUAGGGAAUUACCCAGAAGACAUCAAGAUUCUCUGUCUUCUGGAAAAUGUGUGUAUCUAGACCAAGGGCCUCACACUGUUUCCUUUAGUGUUUACAUUUCAAAAGUUCAGAUGCUUUUGUAGUUGACUUAUUUUUAAAUGUCCACUAGUUCUCAUCCCUGGGUUCUACUAAAAGACAACUUUGGUGUGAAUGCUUGUGUGAUCUAGGACACACUACAUGGUGCCCGAAGUAUGCUGAGGUAUGCAUGCACCUGUGUGUGUGUGUGUGUGUGUGUGUGUGUGUGUGUGCAUGUAAGUACUACAAUGCCACGAGGUGCAGAGGGGUAUGUUGAGGUAUGUUGAGUGGUAUAAUUUAACCUUAGGGCUAUGCAACAUAAUGACACUCAAAAGCAACCAAUGGAACAAGAUUUUCAUCCAUUUUGUGGCUUUACCUGCUGGAUUCUCUGUUUGGGGCUCAGCAUAAUUGUGACCAAAUGUUUGAUACAUUUCCCUCAACACAAAGGCACAAUAUUCUGGCAUUUUAAAGGAGCCAGAGGAUUUUAAUUCAAGGAGCUAAAAAAGCAAAAGACAGUCCCUAAUGGCAUAUGUGGCCAUUGUUCCCACAGUGAAAGAUGGCAGGAUAUUUUUUUUGGGCAUUGGGUUUUUUGUUCCCUAGCCCCAGCAUUCCACCUAUUUCCCCAUCUUUCCUGUGUUACUUUUCACAGUAAAAAAAAAAAAUUAAAAUUCUGUACAGUACCAUGGCUGUGUUUUUAUAGAAGGUGUUAGGUCAUUUACUUAGGUCUUGCCUAGACCUGAUUGUCACUUCCACAGCCUCAGUUUCUCAACUGUAUCCUUUCUCAAGGUGAUAGGGAUGAAAUGGGGAGGAGUUCCUGGGUUAGGACAUUUCUCCAAUGGAACUAACUCCAAUGAGAACUAAAGGAAGAGGAGAAAGGAAACCAGAACACUUCCCAUUGUCUUGUCUUCCUUACUUGGGGUUCAGUCUUACCAUCUUUUCAUACACCUACAUCUCAAAUCCCAUAGUGAGUUGCCAAACUUUAAAUGCAUCAACCAGUUUUCUGCAUCUGGAAUCAGUCUAGCAGUGGCUGUACUUUGAAUAAAUCAUGUUUGCAUGUAAAAUAUAUACAUAUAUACAUAUAUAUACACACACACAAGUAUGUGCAUGGAAAAUGUUUAUCUUCGUACUUUUUUGAUACAAUGUAUUCUUCAGUUGUUCAUUUUUAAAUAUAUUUGAUAUAAAUUGAGGGUUUGUUGCAAAACUUUAUAUUUAAGAACAGUGUUAAAAAAAAAAAGAUAAGUCCCAAUCAUGCAACACAACUGGGACUUAAAAAAAAAGUUAUGUGAUUGACUAGUUUGCUGCCUGAGUCAUAUUUAUCAGCCAAACUUUGGAUUCUGCUGUUGUUUCUACAAUGACAUUUUGUAUGAAGCAAAGUCCUUGAAUUAAAAUAAAAACUUAGCAAAAACUAAACCAAA